UCCUCCGUGUCCGGCUUCGGCUCCCGCUCCCGCUCCGGCCGCGAUGUCCCAUUCCGUGACCCUGCGCGGCCCUUCGCCCUGGGGCUUCCGCCUGGUGGGUGGCCGGGACUUCAGCGCGCCCCUCACCAUCUCACGGGUUCAUGCUGGCAGCAAGGCUGCCUUGGCUGCCCUGUGCCCUGGUGACCUCAUCCAAGCCAUCAAUGGGGAAAGCACCGAGCUCAUGACACAUCUGGAAGCCCAGAACCGCAUUAAGGGCUGUCGGGACCGUCUAACACUCUCCGUCAGCAGGCCUGAGGGCAGGAGCUGGCCCACUACCCCUGAGGACAGCAAGGUUCAGGCACACAGGAUCCACAUCAACCCUGAAGCCCAGUACCUCGGGACUCCUCUCUCUCAGGAUGGCAGCCCAGCCACCAGCAGGAGGUCCUCGGCUGCUGGGAUUGGACUUGAAGAUGGCAGGCCAGCCCUGGGCUCCCCUCAUGGACAACCACCUCGUCUCCCAGCCACCCACAAUGGCGGCAGCAGCGAAACCAACUUCCUAGCAGCCCAGAUGAACAACCUGCACGUGUCUCCACCCCACAGUGCUGACCCUGCCAGGGGCCUCCCGCGGAGCCGGGAUUGUGUGGACCUAGACUCUGAGGUGUACCGGAUGCUCCAGGAACCUGCUGAACCCUCAGCAGCGGAGCCCAAACAGUCAGGCUCCUUCCGCUACUUGCAGGGCAUGCUGGAGGCCGGAGAGGGGGGGGAGCGGUCUGGGCCCAGUGGUCCCCGGAACCUCAAGCUGGGCGCCCCGCUUGGAGGCCUCCAAGGGCUGCCUGAGUGCACGCGCUGUGGCCAUGGCAUAGUGGGCACCAUCGUCAAGGCGCGAGACAAGCUCUACCACCCCGAGUGCUUCAUGUGCAGCGACUGCGGCCUGAACCUCAAGCAGCGCGGCUACUUCUUCCUAGACGAGCGGCUCUACUGCGAGAACCACGCCAAGGCGCGUGUCAAGCCACCCGAGGGCUACGACGUGGUGGCCGUGUACCCCAAUGCCAAGGUGGAGCUCGUCUGACCGCUCCCACUCAGGCUCCUGCCCCCCACCCGGCUCCUGCUGCUGCUUCUAUCUCCCUUCGGCUGUGUAAAUACGUGUUUGCCCCCUACCCCCCAGGCUUCAAUAAACUCCUCCUGUUCCA